AAUAAAUUUGAAAGUGUGACGUGUUUGCCAUAUUGUGUCCAGAUGGUUUCCAAAGGAGUAAAUGAAAAACGCUAUCGGUUAUGGCCAGGAACUUUGUUUGACUCGAUUGUGUCACAUGUUCAAAAUAUCUAUUCUAAUUUGUUCUCCUAUCUGUUAGUUUCCCUGUUCAUGCUACAGUGCCAAGCCUUCCUAUUCAGACAGAUCAUCGUAAGUGAGCCCGGGACCUUUCCGUGUACCUGCUCUGGAAAAUGUCCGGUGGUUCAGUGGAUCCUCUUCAUUCCCAGCAAAGCUACCAUUGCUGAAAGCAAGAUGUGCCACAACGAAUGGCAUUUUGAAAAAGGAUUUUCUCUGUCAGGAAAUGCCAGCAAAGGAGACGUCUCCCUGACGAUCAACUCAGUCACCUACAAUCACGCAGGCUCCUACAGGUGCAUCUGUAAUGGAAAAUCAGCGACUGAAGUAAAACUGAAAGUGAUCGUGCCGACAGUUAUAAAGGUUUUCGAGAGGGAGAAUGUCACGCUGCCGUGCUACGGAGACACUCGGCACAAUGUUCAAGAUGUCACAUGGAUGAAAGCUGGACAAAAGGUUCUGCUGUACAAUCAUGCAAACGGAUCGGUGACGACGGCUGACGCGUCAGAAAGCAGAUUGACGAUGUCAGGAAAAGGAUUUCAAGAUGGACAUCUCAGUCUUCACAUCGCUUCAGUUGACCUGUCUGAUGCAGGAUUAUAUCAGUGUCUCCUCCAUGAUGAGUCGCAGGACGGAUACCCAAACGCUGUUUUACUGAAGGUAGAACGGCGACAACAGUUAUCAACCACCGACAGUUAUGAAGUUUUAAUACUGCGCGGAUUACUCGGAUCGAUCGUCUUUGUCGGCGUCAUCGGACUAAUCGUUAACAUUACGAGAAGAUGUUGUGGGAAAUCCGUAGACUCUUAGGACUGCACUGAUUCCAGAUCCGGAUUUUAAUACACAGGACAG